UGCACCCCGCAGGGACAGUCGCUUUCCCUCCGCCCUACCCUGUCGCCGCGCCCUGGCCGAGGAGGGGCGCCCCGGGCUGGGGCGGGUGGGGCGCCGGCCUGGCUUUGCGUCCGCGGAGUGGCCCCGCUGCCGCCGCGGUGGCCUGGACCCCUUGGGAGGCAGGGUCUAGCGGAGCCAACGAUCGAGGCGGAGGCUUGGAGGACGCCGCGCCCCAUAGCCUGGGUGUGGGCGUUCUGCGGGACCCUGGAGCCACCGGCCCAGAGCCUGAGAGGGAGAGGAGGGCUGAUUCGCUAAGGCACGCCCAGCGUCAGCAGUAGCCCAGGCUCAGAUGCUGCACCCAGCCAUGCGCUGCCACAGACUGGUCCUGGGCCUGGGGUUCUGCCUGCUGGUGGGCACUGCCCUCUAUGCUCUGUGGGUGUGUGUCAAGAACUGGCUGCCAUUCUCCUACGUCCCCUAUUACCUCCCCUGCCCAGAGAUCUUCAACAUGAAGCUGCAGUACAAGGGGGAGAAGCCGUUCCAGCCCGUGGCGCUGUCACAGUACCCUCAGCCCAAGCUGCUGGAACAGAGGCCCAUGGAGCUGCUGACGCUUACACCCUGGUUGGCGCCCAUCGUCUCUGAGGGGACCUUCAACCCGGAGCUUCUGCAGCACAUCUACCAGCCACUGAAUCUGACCAUCGGGGUCACGGCGUUUGCCACGGGGAAGCACACCCGCUUCGUCCAGCGCUUCCUAGAGUCGGCCGAGCGGUUCUUCAUGCAUGGCUACCGGGUAUGUUACUAUAUCUUCACCGACGACCCCAAGGCCAUCCCCCGGGUCCCACUGGGCCCUGGCCGCCUGCUAAGUGUCAUCCCCAUCUGGGAGCGCUCCCACUGGGAGGAGGUCUCCGCGCGCCAGAUGGAGACCAUCAGUCAGCACAUUGCCGAGAGGGCUCACCGGGAGGUGGACUAUCUCUUCUGCCUCAGUGUGGACAUGGUGUUCCGGAACACGUGGGGCCCUGAGACCUUGGGAGACCUGGUGGCUGCCAUUCACCCAGGCUACUACGCCGUACCCCGCCACCAGUUCCCCUACGAGCGCAGGCAUGUUUCCACCGCCUUUGUGGCAGAUAGUGAGGGGGACUUCUAUUAUGGUGGGGCAGUCUUUGGGGGGCGGGUGGCCAGGGUGUACGAGUUUACUAGGGGCUGCCACAUGGCCAUCCUGGCGGACAAGGCCAACGGCAUCAUGGCGGCCCGGCAGGAGGAGAGCCACCUGAACCGCCGCUUCAUCUCGCACAAGCCCUCCAAAGUGCUGUCCCCUGAGUAUCUCUGGGACGACAGGAAGCCCCGGCCACCCAGCCUGAAGCUGAUCCGCUUUUCUACACUGGAUGAGGACUCCAACUGGUUGAGGAGCUGACAGUACAGCCAGGGCUGCCACGGACGGGGACCCCAAGCCGUGCACCCAGCUUGCCCCAGUGCCUUACUUCUCAAGCCUUAGCUGAGACCAGCCCUGGCCUGUCAGCCUCUCAGUCUGCCAGGAGAGACCAACCAGAAAGUGGAUGUGGAAGGGCCUUUGUAAACUGUAAAGGGCUAUGCCCACAUGAGGAGAACGCAAAGCUCACCGCACAGCAGUGUGGCCCAAGGUGGGACGCGGGAGGGGAGACGACGUAAAGAGGGCAGGGCCCACGGGCUCCCCAGCAGACGUGCCUUUUGGGGCUGGGCUCUGCAGUCUGACCCUACUCAGUGCCUGCACUCCCACCUCUGUCCCCUGUUCUCACCUGUUGCCCUUCAAGCUGCACUUGUCACGUGUCCCGGACCCCUUUUCUCUGGCUGCAGGACUCCCCGUGCUCUGAUGUCCCCCAACCACAGGGAGCCAAUACCUUACUCAGGACACCGGUGUGAAAUGGAGUGGGUCUAGGUUCUCUGGCUUCCAGUCCAGCUGCCCAGUGGUGGCCACCCUGCCUGGCACCCGCCGCCUUCUUUGUUAGAGGGUUGGGGCAGUUUUAAUAAAAGUGGUACACGAUAGGCCCUAACCAGGGUUUUUCACCUGCACAUUUGAGUGUCUGUGCUGCCAGCCAAAUGCAAUCAACUUGUGGGGUGGGGGAGGGCAGACAGUUUCCCAGAAAACCUAGGUUAAAGCUGGUUGCUGCAACAGAUGGGAUUUCAUCCCAAUUCUCCUGGGAGACUGGGUGAAUUGGCAGUGUGCAGCCAGACAUGUCAUACUCCCAGCUGAGUCAAGAGAGCAGCAGAGCCAGUCAGCUGGACACUGGGCUUCCAUUCCCUGAGCAUAUAACAAAUGUGCCCGCCGGCCUUCCUGUAUCCGGUCAGCCUGAGCCCUCUGAGGCCAGUGGUGGGCGUGCCUUAGGCCCAGGAUCAGAGGACCUGCAAGGGAAGCAUCACCAGCGUGGCCCCAAAGUGACGUCAGAGUCCCAUGGUGAUUCUAUCCCUGGUGUGGGUUCAGGUCUUGGCGGCCCAGUGUCCCCUCCCCUAGGGGCAGCAGCAUCUUUGCCACAGAGAGGAGAAAUGGAAGGCGGGGAGGGGUGCACUCUGUGGCCAUAUCGGGAUGAGCACCCACCCACCUGGCCACCCCUGGCAAAGCUGGGUGCCACCCCGAGCCCAUUCUUCCUGCAACAUGUGGUUUGGCUGGUGAUCACAAGGGUGGGGCAGACUGAGUGCCCAGUUGUGAGGACACAGAUGGGCUGGAGAAGAUGCUUCCUGGGCAAAGGGACACAGAUGGACCUCUGUGUCCCCAUUGGGCAGUCAGGGCCUGGCCCAGGGGAAGGAGAAGCCUGUGAAGCAGGGAUGUGUUGAAGGAGCAAGAGACCCCUCGUGGAGACCAUGGAAAGCCUCAAGAGGAGGCGGCCCUGUGUCCGCCUUGCAGGGGAGAAGGGAGCCCCUACCUCCCUUUGGGCCUGGAGUCUCCCAGACCCAGCUGAUGAGCCUUCUCAACCUUGGCCCAAGCCCUUGGGGACUAUGGCUGACCCUGGUCCCCAUCCUAAGGUGUAGCCCUCAGAUGUGAGUUGAGUGGGUGACAGGAUCCAACUCCUGGAACCAAACCAGGGUCCAGGUUACUUCCCUAAAAGGAGCUGAGGACCAGGGCCAAAGAUGCUCCACGGGUGGGAAGAAGGGGUGAGGGGUGUGUGUGUGUUUGGCAGGAGGGUACCAGCCUGACCAGUGGAGGGAGGUGGGAGUGCCUGGAGACAGUUCCAACAGCCCUCAGCCCCUGUCUCUGACGGGAUUAGAUCUGAGCUAUGAGUACCAGUCUUGCCAGGGCAGAUCAGUUUUGGGGGCUCUGAGGUUUUUUUAAGUUGCAGAGUUACUUCUUUAAGAAGUAGACAAGGUGCCAGCCGAGUGGCGCAUUGAUUAAGAGCUGGCUUGGGACGCCAGAGGGCCCUGGUUCGGAUCCCACA